UUGAAAUUGAACUGAAAUAAAAUAGUAGAUCCAAAGGGGACCAAUAUUGACUAAAUAACAAGUUAAAAUCCUAUCAGUAAUAAUGGAAAUACAUCAAGCAUAAUUAUUGAUAAUGACUCCAGCAUGAGGCGGAUGUUGGAUACAAAAUGUCAUGCGUCAUUUGGCUGACGUCGGCUUUCGUAUGAGAAUCGUGGUGGGUAGCAAAGCGUGGAGUACUUUAUGAAGAUAAAAGAUAUGUUUAUAAUGAAGAUACAAGAGAGAAAGAAUGUUUGUGACUUGGUUGAAGAAUGGUGGAGAAAGGGGAUGGUAAAACCAACGUUUACUAGUAUCUCAACUUCACCCCAUUCCAUGAAUGCGCAAGCGUGCUGAUAGUUUGAAAAGCUGCAUUAUAUUUCGUGAAAAGCGUAGGCGUAUGAGAACCGGCUACGAGCUCAGGCGGUUAGUGAAUUCUCCAGGACAGGCUUUUCAUUUGAUUACUAAAAAGUGAAUAAAUUUUAGUAGUUGACAAAUUUUCAAGUAAAACAAAAAAAAAACAAAUAUGCGUGCGCAUUAAUUUAUUUGUUUUAUUUUAUAUUUUUCGGUGUUAAAUUGUGCAUACGUGAAUGAAUGCAAUCAGUGAGAAAGCAGUUGUAUCAAGAUUGUUUGACGUUCACCGAAAGACACGCGACAUUCAGGUGUACAGAACGUUGGGUUUAAAAGAAAAAAAGCGAGUGACAUACAAGCAGAAUUAACGUAAUAAAAGCAAGUGACAUGUGAGCGUUGGAUGUAAAAAUAAGGAAAAUAAUAGAGCAAAAGUGAAAACAUUCACUAGAAAAAAUGACACCAACGUUAACUAAGAACCCAGCGAUGAUGAGGAGACAUCUGACACGACGGCAAAAAUGGCCAUUACAUUUAACUCUCUUCUUGGUCUACAUUCUUAUCCAAUUGGCUUCUUCCAUAGUUUCUUCCUCAACAUUACCUCCACAGUCAGCUACAGCAUCAACACAAUCUGUUACGACAUCAGAAGUUACGACAUUGAAGCCAAUUGUGUCAACAAUAGCACAAAAGAAAGAAGAAGCAAAUACACAAGUUCCUAAACCUAGAGAACAGGUAAAGGAGAAACCUCAAGAUGAAACAACGACACCAGUUUCCAAAGCAAAAAGUCAAGAAACGCUGACAGUGAAGAAGGAAAAUGAUAAUCGAAUAGUUAAUACUACUGUAAAACCAACAACAGCAUCACCAAAGGCAGCUCAUCCAACAUGGCGUCCCAGAAGAGAGAAUUGCUCAGCACCAGCAAUUGAACAAUUCCCUCGACCAUUAAUGGGUCCAAGUGCUAGAAAGCAUGGAGGUCUUAUCAUCCAUAUUUUGGUAGCUGUUUAUACAUUUUUGGGUUUGGCAAUUGUUUGCGAUGAUUACUUUGUCUCGAGUCUAGACAGAAUUUGUGAAGAGCUAAGAUUAACUCCAGACGUAGCUGGAGCCACAUUUAUGGCUGCUGGAUCAUCAGCUCCAGAAUUAGCGACAGUCAUUAUUGGAGUAUUUUUUGCCAAAGAUGAUAUUGGAGUGAGUGGAGUAAUUGGAAGUGCCGUGUUUAAUAUAAUGUUUGUUAUCGCAGUAUGCGGUUUGUGCACGACAACGGUAUCAAAGCUCAACUGGUGGCCGCUAUGUCGCGACAGUUUCUUUUACUUUAUAUCAAUUCUUGUCAUGCUUGGCACGAUCUACAAUGAAAUAAUAUCCUGGGCAGAGUCACUUCUAAUGCUGAUCAUGUACGCAGUCUACUGCGUCGUUUUGUCUUACAAUAGUCGUCUAGAACGUUGGGCUAAGUCUUACAAUAUUCCUUUUCUUCCGAAAGAUGAUGAACCUGCUGAAGAAAGUGCUCUUGUGAGCUAUAGAUCACUUCAGGAGGAUAGAACGUCUUAUACCGGGCCUAAUUCACCAAUUACUGAUCAAAUGAAGGUUCCAGGAAUGCCAGGAGAUGAACCAAUUCAACAACAACCACAGCAGCCUCCACCUCCAAAGCAACCAGAGUAUUACAAAGCUAAAGAAGCAGAUCCAAAUGAAGUGUCACCAUUAGAAAGACCUACAGAAGGUGGACAGUGGGCAUUAUUCAAGUGGGGUUUAGUUUAUCCAAUCCACUAUACAUGCCGUGCGACAAUGCCUGACUGUCGACAAGAAAAGUGGCGAAGUUGGUAUCCAUUUACGUUCUGUAUUUCCAUGAUCUGGAUCAGUUUUUAUAGUUAUAUCAUGGUCUGGAUGAUUACAAUUAUUGGGAGUACUCUGGGCAUUCCUGAUACCGUGAUGGGACUAACGUUCGUCGCUGCUGGUGUGAGUGUUCCAGAUGCUCUGUCCUCUUUAGCUGUUAUCAAAGAAGGUCUAGGAGACAUGGCAGUUAGUAAUGCCGUUGGUAGCAAUGUUUUUGAUAUUCUGGUGUGUCUUGGCCUUCCUUGGUUCAUUCAAACUGCCAUGAUUCAACCUGGAUCUCAUGUGAACGUCACUAGUAGAGGCUUGACGUAUUCAACUAUAUCACUGCUUUCCACUGUUGUCUUUCUCGUUUUGACGACUCAUUUAAAUGGUUGGAAACUUGACCGAAAAUACGGAGCAGUAUUGAUGGUUUGGUACCUUAUAUUCAUAACAUUCGCUUCACUAUAUGAGCUCAAUGUGUUUGGUGAAAUGAAUCCACCAGCAUGCACUAGCGUAUAUUAAAUCUAUUGGCAAUGACAUCUAAAACCAUCUCAUCGUUAAAGAGAUAAUGAAAGUUUAAAUCAAGUGCCAUGGAAUUGAAGAUGAUAAUGCGAAGAUGGAGAUGGAAAAUCGUACAUUAAAAAGCGCUAAAAACAUACUAUGAAAAUAGUAUUGUAUCAGUAUUAAGUUGUCCUUGUUAAUUAAUACAAAGCCUAUAAUGGAGGACAAAUGUUUAAUAUUAUUAAUAAUGAAAUCAUAGUCAAUGCAUUGUCUUACCAUGGUUAUGAAUAGCUAAUUUAAAAAAGAUAUUUAAUAGUUGUAUAGCCAUAAUCAUGACACCAAAAUAAUAACUCACAUUAAAAGAAUGAAAAACAUCGAACAUUAUAACAAAAUUUCACUCUAAGUAAUUAUUAAAAGCUUCAUAGAGUUGAUUUUGUAUUAUUGUUUCUUGUUUGUUAUUUAAUAUUCACGAAAUACAUAGGCCUAAAAUGCGUGAGUUCAGACUUAAUGAAGAUUAUGUACAAUUUAUAAUAUUAUAACAAAGAUAAAUGCUAUUAGUUGUUCGUAAAAGAUAUGAUGAAUGAUGCGUGCACUAAAAAUAACAAUAAUUAUUACAAAAGUUAUAAAAUUUGCUUCUUCCUAAUUCAUACCAAUUAAUGUUACAAAGACAAAAAUGUACAUUCUUCCUAAGUAAGUGUUUCUUCCUCUAUAUUCUUCUCUUCUUAUAAAACAGCAUACCUACACUAUGUCGUUGUUGAUUAUCAUUAUAACUUUAUAAUUAAAUUAUAUAAUAAGUAUAUUCUAUAUACAACCUAUAUAUAAUAUAAAUACGUAAAGAACAAAUAUAAACUAUUAUUAUUAUUAUGAUCAUUAUAGACUUGCGUUGGCACGGCCGCUUAAAGAAACUUCGCGAGAUCAAAGAGAUUCCUCGUUAGCGUGAGUGAUUCAGAAUGUGGAUACUUGUUUGAAAAAAGCAUCUUACUCCAAAUGAACACCCACACCAAAUAUUCUAGUAUAAAACUGUGAGAAAGAGGCCGGGAAAGUAAUAAGAAGAAAGGCUAUGAAAUAAUAAUGAUUCAAGUAAAGAUGAAAGAAGGGUGAGAAUAAGUAAGAAGAUUAUUUAGAGAAAAAAAGAGAGAAAGAGAGAUCAUAGCGACCGCAGGGAUGAACAAAACAAGAAAGACAAUAAUUGAAACAGCCUUAUCUAAUGAAAGUAUUUACAAUUCAAACAUCCGCUGCAGGAUCCUUUGAUCUUUCGACCAGAAAUAUUGGCAAGACUGUUGACAGAUCACCCUGGUAUCCUGGAGACUUUAAUAGAUUCAUUUGGCCGGUGCCACGUACCAAUGAGAAUACACACCAGACCAAACAUCAUUAAUUUUUAUGUUCAUAACUAUUAUUGCAAUGAUUUUAAUAUAUUUUCACUUAAUUUGAUUAUCAAAAAAAUUUAACUGAUGAUUCAAGAUGUGUGUUUAAAAAUGAAAUAGAUUAUUCAAGCGUUUUUGGUGUAAUUAAGUCCCCGUGGAACCAUUAUUGAGUGACUGAGAUAAAAAAGGAUGAUGGAAUGAGCGAUUAUAAGGAUCGCGCAGUGGAUACUUUCGUAGAUUCAUAUUAAAAUUAUCAUAAUUAUUGUUAUUAUUAAUAUUUUGAUGAUAAUGAUUAUUAUUAGUUGAAAUAAUUAUGUGUAAGGAAUGAAAAUAUGAAAGCGCUAAAUGCUUAGCUUCGGUUGAUAGUUGGUUGUCGUUAUAAUCACUGUGUUGAAGUAUUUAGCGUGUUAGUCAAUUGCAUUGUUAUAAUAUGUACACACAAUUAUGAUGAUUAUAAAUUAUAAUAUAUACAAUUAUUAUAUUACAAGAUAAUAUUUUAGAUAAAAAGCCUAAUUAGGUUGGGCACGGCUUCCGGCAUUUUUUGUCGAGGUGAAACAAACAAUUACAAAUGAGAGAGAUAGUAAUUUAAUUAUUAAUCGAAUGUUUGAGGACCAGUAUCCAAUGGUACGAUUUUGUUAUCGAAGGGAAUUUUUAAAUUAGAAAGAUAAAACAAUCUUUGCCUAUUUCAUUGUUUUAUCGCAGUUCAGACUAGUAAAUGUAUUAUAUUUCUAAUAAAUUUCAGAAAUUA